GUUGGAAGGAGUCCAUCUCGAUCGCGCCGUGGCAGACAGGCUGAGACAGGCCCAAUUUCCAGGGCGCACUGCUUCAAUUUCAACUUUCAAUCAAGAUCCACAAAAAAAGCCUUUUGGUGGCAAGGCAGGGAGUGAUUGGAUCUUGGCAACCCUUUGAUCAGCAAUUGCGCAAACAUGCCUCCUCCUCAGCAGACCUCGUUGAUAUACAGUUUUGUGGCGAGGUCCAAGACGGUCUUGGCAGAAUAUACGGCCUUCUCUGGAAACUUCAGCACGGUUGCUGUACAGUGCUUAGAGAAAUUGCCUCCCAACAAUAACAAGUUCACAUACACAUGUGAUGGACACACAUUCAACUACCUGGUUGAAGAUGGAUUCACGUACUUGGUCGUCGCAACAGAAGAGUUUGGCAGGCAAAUACCGUUUGCUUUCUUGGAGCGUGUACGAGAUGAUUUUAAGCGGAGAUAUGGGGGCGGCAAGGCAGACACAGCGAUUGCCCAUGCACUGGACAAGGAUUUUGGGCCUAAGCUGCGCGAUCACAUGAAUUACUGUGUCGAGCAUCCAGACGAGGUCAGCAAGGUCUCAAAAGUGAAAGCUCAGGUGUCCGAGGUGAAGAACAUCAUGAUGGACAACAUCGAGAAGGUUUUGGAUCGUGGUGAGAAGAUUGAGCUUCUGGUGGACAAAACCGAAAACCUCCGGUUCCAGGCUGACAACUUCCAAAAGCAGGGUCGUUCCUUGAGAAGGAAGAUGUGGAUGCAAAACAUGAAAAUGAAGCUCAUUGUGGCAGGCAUCAUCAUUGCCAUCAUCCUUAUCAUCUGGUUGGCAAUCUGCAGGGGUUUUACUUGCAAGUAAGAGAAUAUCACAUAGAGAGCUUCAACUCGGAGGGCCAACAGUUGUAUAACAGUAGUCAAAAGAAUUAUCGGGGGUUCUGAUCUUGUGUACGUUUUUCGUUUGUAACUUUCAUCGUGCAUGAUUUGCAAAACAGAUUGGUUUGUUUUGGAUGCCAAUUCGUCGUAACCCAAGUUUUUGUC